AAAAAGAAAAAUAAUUAACUGUUUAAACAGUAAUCACAAAAGAGAAACCUUGCAUUCCUUGUGUAUGUGAGAGAGACGGUCCUGCUUCCCCAAAUCACUUUCUUCAAUCUUCCAGAUUUGUACAAAGUGUCUCUGUCGUUUUGGUCAAUAAAGAAACAAGACCACGAGGAGAAGGAAUAACACAGAGGAAGGCUGAUGAUGGUGGCGGCGGCGGCAGUGAGACGAGGAGCUUCAGAAGCCUUUUUCAUUGGGUCCCAAGUUCAGCGAUGCCUAAUGAAAAUAACGGGUAUGAUUCUUCCAUCACUUUUGUCUAGCAAACACUCCAACUCCAUUUCUUCUUCUAGCAGGAGCAGUAGCGGUAGUAGUAGCAGUAGAUACAAACACAAAAAUGAUGCUUCUUCUUCUUCGUUUAGAAACAUUGAUGAUGCCCUUGCUUCUUUUAAUCACAUGAUUCAUAGGAAACCCCUGCCAUGUAUUAUCCAAUUCACCAAAUUAUUGUCUGCAAUUGUCAAAAUGGGACAGUAUUACGAUGUUGUGAUUUCUCUUUCCAAACAAAUGGGUUUAGCUGGGCUCUCUUCUAAUACUUAUACCCUUCAUAUCUUGAUGAAUUGCUUCUGCCAGUUGCAACGUGUUGAUCUUGGGUUCUCUGUCUUGGCCAAAGUCAUUAAACUUGGUCUUCAACCCACUAUUGUCACAUUUAACACCUUAAUCAAUGGGCUCUGUAAAGUGGGUGAAUUUGCCCAAGCCGUGGAAUUAUUUGAUGACAUGGUGGCAAGAGGGUGUCAACCUAAUGUCUACACUUAUACUACGAUUAUCAAUGGCUUAUGUAAGACUGGGGAAGCUGCUGAGGCUGCUGGAUUGUUUAAGAAAAUGGAAGAGGCAGGCUGCCAGCCGGACGUGGUGACAUACAGCACACUCAUUGACAGUCUUUGCAAAGAUAGGCUGGUGAAUGAGGCUUUAGAUAUCUUCUCUUACAUGAAGGCUAAAGGCAUUUCCCCAGAUAUUUUCACUUACACCUCUUUGAUCCAGGGCUUAUGCAAUUUCAGCCGAUGGAAGGAGGCUUCGGCAUUGCUAAAUGAAAUGACGAGUUUGAAUAUCAUGCCAGAUAUUGUCACCUUCAACGUGCUAGUUGAUACUUUUUGUAAAGAAGGCAAGGUUUUAGAGGCUCUAGGUGUGUUAAAAACAAUGACUGAAAUGGGUGUGGAGCCUAACGUUGUUACUUACAAUUCGUUGAUGUAUGGAUAUUCCUCGUGUACACAAGUUGUUGAAGCUAGAAAGCUUUUUGAUGUCAUGAUAACCAAGGGUUUUAAACCUGUUGUUUUUAGCUAUAACAUCUUAAUUAACGGAUAUUGCAAGGCCAAAAGGAUAGAUGAAGCCAAGCAGCUUUUUAAUGAAAUGAUUCAUCAAGGCUUAACUCCGAACAAAGUUACUUACAACACUCUUAUUCAUGGCUUGUGCCAAUUAGGCAGAGUUAGGGAAGCACAAGAUCUUUUUAGGAAUAUGCGCACUAAUGGAAACCUCCCAAAUUUACGUACUUACUCAAUAUUGCUUGAUGGCUUUUGCAAACAAGGGUAUCUUGGUAAGGCAUUCAGACUGUUUCGAGCAAUGCAAAGUACUCACUUGAAGCCUAAUCCGGUGAUGUAUACCAUCCUGGUUCAUGCCAUGUGCAAAUCUGGGAAUCUUAAAGAUGCAAGGAAACUGUUUUCAGAACUCUUUGUCCAAGGGUUGCAGCCUAAUGUUCAGAUAUACACUACUAUAAUAUUUGGACUUUGUAAAGAAGGAUUGUUAGAUGAAGCAUUGGAAGCUUUCCGAAAUAUGGAAGAGGAUGGCUGCCCUCCAGAUGAAAUUUGUUAUCGUGUUAUUAUUCGAGGAUUUCUCCAGCACAAGGAUGAAUCAAGGGCAGUGCAACUUAUUGGAGAAAUGAGAGACAGAGGUUUUGUUGCAGAUGCAAGGACCAGGUUAAGUGAAGUUGGUUAAGGUGAAAAGAUUGUGAUGUAGUUUAUUAUAACAGCAAUUAGAAGCUCGCUUGCUGAUCAUACCCUAAUGCCCUAGUACUGAUUGUUCUGCUCCAAUAUAUUCCCAGAUUAUAUUUGAUUUUUCCAUUAAGUUCUGAGAUCAUUAAAGCCACUGGAGUAGUCACAAAGACUGCCUGGGCGGGGGCUGCGUAUAAUCGCCUGCUAUACAUGCUGGCUAGUCAUGUGUUGGGGGCAUCAUUGUAUUUGUUGUCGAUCCAGCGUCAAGGCAACAUGCUGGAAAUCUUCUUUCAAACAUGAAUUAAGCCCUAUACCAUGCAACCCCUGUUACUUGGAUUGUGAUACUUCGGAAUUUCCUGAUCGCAAGUCCUGGGAAAAUACUACUGUUUUGCCUGCCAGAUGUAAUCCAGAUGACACUUCCAUUUUCAAUUAUGGCAUAUUCGCAAAUGCAUUGCAGCAGAAAGUACUUUCCUCUGAGUUUCUUGAAAAGUACUUGUAUUGUUUAUGGUGGGGCUUGCAGAACUUGAGAUGGAUGAUCAGCUACUUGAUGCAAUAUGUAAGCGCUUAGUGUCCUGUUUGAGUACUAAAGGAAACUAUAUAGUUCGAGAAGGUGAUCCGGUUAUGGAGAUGCUUUUUAUUAUCAGGGUAAAGCAAGAGAGCUCAACUCCAAACGGAGGGCGAACAGGUUUCUUCAUGUCAAUUACUUUGAGACCUGGUGACUUUUGCAGUGAAAAGCUGCUUGCCUGAGCAUUGCUUCGAAAAUCUACUCUCAACUUACCUUCUUCCACAAGGACAGUGAGAGCACUAGAAGAAGUGGAAGCACUGCAUUGCGAGCAGAAGACCUCAAGUUCGUCGCCAAUCAGUUUAGACCUCCAGAUUUGCUGCAAACACAAGGAGAGGGGCGCCAAGGAUGUUGAAAUGCUCAAGGUGCAAAACCUGAAGAGCCAGACUUCUGUACAGAACUAGAUGAUGACUAGUUUGACCCCGGUUCUCAUCCAACAGCCAACUACCAAUGUGGAAAAGCUUUAAUGGAAGCCAAAUGAUCCAAUCCUGAAAGGAUAUUAAUUAAAAUCCCCCACGCCAUUGCUGGUGCUUUAAGAACCCAGGGAUGAUUCCAUUAAUUUUUAGGUAGCUGGAAGCAAGUGGAUGUGAAAGGGGCAAGCUGCUUGUGAUUUCUCUAAUAUCCAUUAGUUUAUAGGUAUAUAUACAUGUAGCAAGUCUUGAUUAAAGUUGAGUUUUGUUACAGUCAAUCGGGUGAGAUUAACACAUUAUUGCUUUGGAUUUUCUUCUUGAAA